UGGAGGAGGCUAAAGGAAGGUGAGGAAGUCUAAUUGGAAACCUGAGUCAGUUAAACCAACAAAAAAUGUUGGGGCUAGCAGCCAGGACAUCUCUCGGGCCCGGAACUAGAGAGCGACAGCCUUGAUUCCGGGCGGAAGAAAUAAAACAGCGAGAGACGCGGAAGUUGCGUAUCCCAUGGCUCCGCAGGCCUCCCUGAUGGGAGUGAGGCCGUGGCGGACUGCCCUACCCGAAGAUGGCGUCGAAGAUAGGUUCGAGACGGUGGAUGCUGCAGCUGAUCAUGCAGUUGGGUUCAGUACUGCUCACACGCUGCCCCUUCUGGGGCUGCUUCAGCCAGCUCAUGCUGUACGCUGAGAGGGCCGAGGCGCGCCGGAAGCCCGACAUCCCGGUGCCCUACUUGUACUUCGACAUGGGGGCGGCCGUGCUCUGUGCUAGCUUCAUGUCCUUUGGCGUGAAGCGGCGCUGGUUCGCCCUGGGGGCUGCACUCCAGCUGGCCAUUAGCACCUACGCUGCCUACAUCGGGGGCUAUGUUCACUACGGGGACUGGCUGAAGGUCCGUAUGUACUCACGCACAGUUGCCAUCAUCGGUGGCUUUCUGGUGCUGGCCAGUGGUGCUGGGGAGCUGUACCGUCGGAAACCCCGCAGUCGUUCCCUGCAGUCUACCGGCCAGGUGUUUCUGGGCAUCUACCUCAUCUGUGUGGCCUACUCGCUGCAGCACAGCAAGGAGGAUCGGCUGGCAUACCUGAACCACCUCCCAGGAGGGGAGCUCAUGAUCCAGUUGUUCUUCGUGCUCUACGGCGUCCUGGCCCUGGCCUUCCUGUCAGGCUACUAUGUGACCCUGGCGGCCCAGAUCCUGGCAGUGGUACUGCCCCCUGUCAUGCUGCUCAUAGAUGGCAACGUUGCCUAUUGGCACAACACGCGGCGUGUUGAGUUCUGGAACCAGAUGAAGCUCCUGGGAGAGAGUGUGGGCAUCUUUGGGGCUGCAGUCAUCCUGGCCACUGAUGGCUGAGUUGCAUUGAGAGCCUGAGGGAACACAGGGAGCCACUGAGGGCCACCCUGCCUUCCUCCUCACUGGCCCAGUUGUUUAUUUAUGCUUUCUGGUCUGUUUGUUUGAUUGUUUUUUUUGUUUUGUUUUGUUUUUGCAUUAAGAGGCAGGUCUCUGUCCCAAGUUCUUGGGUUUGGCUCUUUGGAGGGCAGGAGCCCUAACGCUAGUGCCUCACAGGUUUUUUUUUUUUUCCCUGUUUGUUAGGAGCGCUGAGCCAGCUGUUCCCUGGGAGUGCUCUUCCUGAGAAGGGAAUAAGGCAAGGUUAGGGUGCAGGGACUGAGAAUGAGAGAGAUGAAGGAAGAUGGAGAUCUAGAAGUGGGCAAGUGUUACAAAUUCCUUUUUGAACGUGUCUGAUGCAGCUUGGCCCUACAAGUGCUUUUCAGAGACUGAGCGUGAGUGUGUGUGUUGACACGUGUGUCAGGCCCAGGAGGAGCAGAGGGCCAGACACCACAGGGCACAUGGGUUCUCAGGGCAUGCCAGGGCAGAAGCAGUACCAGCUCACCACCUACCUUGAGAGGAGAGCAGGCCCCGUCUGCUCUGAGAUACGCAGGAGUGGAGCUGGAGGCAGCCAGCUUUACACGUCUGGCUGUUUCCAGCCUCGUGGGCGGCCUGGUGGGGUGGAGUGCCCUCCCAAACACCAGAUCACACAGUCUUCCAAAAAUAAACAUUUUAUAUAGACAUUUGGCUUUGUUUCUCUGUUCUUACCACAGGGCACUUUGCCAUUGGCCGGGAUUGAUGUUGAGUUUCUUGAGAGACCGUUUACGGUUAAACCCCACCCUGGACCUCUCCGAUCUUUCCCCUGCUCUGAGAGUUCCCCUCAUCCCUUUUCUAGGCCUUUUUCACCAGUCUCAAAAUCCUUACCGUAGUAUGUGCUUUCCCUUCUAUUUGGUGCCAGCUCUUUGGAAGAAAUCUUUGGUGACAGCAACUCGAGGGAGAGAACUAACAGUGUCCACUCUGAACUGAGUGGUUUCCAUUUACACAUGAGGAAAUGGGGGCUUGGAGGAGGUAGACAAGCCUCCAGGCACAGAGCUGGAUUCCUGGCCAUGUCCAUCUAAUGUCCUGGCCAUUCCUGACGUGGCCAUGUCCUGAGGGAAGACACAGGCUACUGUUGGGGACUCAGUUCUGUCAUGGUGUACCAUGAUGGUCUCUUAAUUGACCAUUCUCCGUGCUUAUCCAUGGCCCCUCUGCUAGAAAGUAGCCCCACCAGCCAGUAGGGUCACUACGAGGAUUAAAACAAAAA